AUGAUACUGAUUGUCACAAAUGCAUGUUUGACUUUGGCCGUGUGCCAUCACUCUGCCGUGCCUACCUCCGAUCCUCCCACCCUCAUUUAUUCUGGUACUCAAAACGCAACACUGGAGCACCUCGAGCUGAUCAACGCCGCCCGAGGUCACCCUGCUGAGGCUGCAAAUGGCCAAUCAUCUUUUGCUCGGCGUUAUCACGCCACCACUGGUCCAAAUGCAAAACUAGAUGCUGUUCAGGCAGAAGGUUACAUACCUUUAGAGACCGAUUCGAGUGUGGUUGCCGCGGAAGAAAAGCGUCAGCGCGAUGCAGGGAUGCCACCGUGUGACUGCUCCAAUUGUGAGCCAGAGGAGGCCGAAGCGCUCUGGCUCGCGCAACCGGCCCUCACUAAUGAGAAUUUCGACGCCGCGCUGGAAAUGGACACCUCUGAGCUCCGAGACUUGUUGAAGACCCUCCCAAAAACCCCAGCCGGUUUGGUCGCAGACUUGCGUCAUAUCGCAAUGCCGUGCGACCAAGUACCCUCGUCCGUGCCAUCUCGCACCGGACGACUAUUUCGGCCGGGAUCUGGCUUGGGACUUGGCGAAAAUGUUGAUCUCCUACGUCAACCGGAAGAUCUCGGUCUGAUACUGGCUAGCGAAUCAAUCGAAGGGCAAUUUGACCUACUGUUCAAAGAGAUUCUACUCUGGCAAGAUGACAGUGCGGCCGCUGAAGCCAUCGCCCAAGCGGCAUCAAAGAGAGCCGCGGCAUCUCGAGCACCUCCAAAGGCCAUCCAAUCGGUGGAGGGGGCUCAACUCUCUAAAAUUCGAGCGGAAGCCUGUAGAGUGGCCUCAAAGGAGGCCAGGCUGGUCGAAAAAUAUUUGGCCACUCAGGCCAAAGCGUCUGAAAAGGCUGCCGCCCUGGCCAAAAAAAACCAGGACAAGUUGGAGGCCGAUCAACAACGGGCUGCACUGAAGGAAGCUCUCUCUAUUGAACAUGCUAAUCAACGCGCUUUGGCGAAGUCCCAGCGCGCAGCGGAGAGUGCAGCGAAGAGACUCGCGUCAGGUAUGGGCAAACAUUGUCCACAGGCGACUACUCCUGCCGCAGAGGCAGGAGUGACUCCCCCAAAGCGCAUCGGUGAGAUGAUGGCGGAACCCAGUUGCGCCAAGAGACGUGCAACUCAGCAGUCACUGACUCCGCACGAGGGUUCCCCAACUCCCAAAGGCGUGAGCGAAGUACGAUCGCAACUGGGAAUUCCCCAGACUGGCUGUCCCAGGAUGACAACACAUCAGCAGCCCCCCACCGGAACCUCGAUUUACGACCCGCGGCUUGGUCCGCGCGAAUGA